UAUUGGGCAAGACCGUUGACCGAGAAGUUACUCAGGAACAGUAUUUAAUGUUAGUGAGAUCAAUUAUCGAACCUGAUCAAAAUGGAUGAUGGAACUUCACAGUAUUACUUAACUGCCUCAAUGGACUCUGGGAAAUCUUUCUGUAGUUUAUUAAAAGCUAUACAAUUCCAAGAGAAUGCUGUAUUUUGUGCUAUGCCGGAGGGUCUAAAAUUAACAGUGGAAGAGGGGAAAUGCGUCCAGGCCUCUGCUUAUAUACCCGCUGAUAAUUUCACUGAAUACCAUGUUAGAGAUGAUGUGGACGUUCUGUUUAAAAUAAGUAUAGCCGUGCUAACAGAGUGUUUAAAUAUUUUUGGAGCUAGUGAAGAAUCCAGUUUGAAGAUGUAUUACAGGAGUGAAGGAUCACCGUUACUAUUAGUCUUGCAACCGCAAUCCGUCCACAAUGUGAUGACAGACUGUGAGAUAGCCACACAGACAGCAGACUCAAUUCUCGAGUUGAAGGAUGAGGACUCGUCAGAAAUUGCCAAGUUAGUCUUAAAAGCAACUGCCUGUGGUGGUUUACUUGCAGACUUGGAGAGAUCCUGUGAUGUCAUUGAACUAAAUCUAUCUCCAGAUCAUCCGAAUGUCAGUAUUAUUACAUAUGGAAUGCAGGACAGAUCCUGUAUAGAUGUACCGAAGUCUUCGGACAUGGUUGAAAGUUUCAGCUGUGACAAACCUGUAACUCUGAGAUAUCAAUUACCCCACAUACGACUGAUUAUGAAGGCUCUGGCCAUUUCUUCAAAGGUAGUAUUAAGGUGUAGUUCAAACGGACUUCUAUUGCUUCAACUGAAAUUGGAAAAAGAAGAUCAGAGGCAGAUGUUUUCUGAGUUUUACAUUGUACCCUUAUUAGAUGAUUAAUACAUU